CACCGUGUUUCGCGUACGAGCGCCCUGUUGGACUUCGUGGCGCAGCAGUGGACGGCGACGUAUACCCCAGCACACGCUGUGUUCGCCAUUCAUUUUUACUACACGUCUCCCGCUGCAUUAUUUUCAGACACAGAUACCCCAGACUAACGAAGACGAUCUUACGAACCAGACAUGGGCGGCAGAAGACGAGGAGCCUCUCGCAGAAUUACCUCUCGCAAGGGCGUAUUCAAUCCCGAAGACACAAAGCGCGUCAAACACACUCGCAUUGGCGUAUGGGACCUCUACGAGGAGAAAAUACCCGAAUUGGAACGCGUACCAGGUCUUUCAAGGCUAGAAAGGUUCCUAACACUCAAACAAACACUGCCCUAUGUUUGGCGCAUGGUCAAGGACAUUGGCAGCAUCCGCAGCUGCUGGCUGCUUCUUACCUUAUACUUGAUACUUGAUCUCGUUGGGGCGCUAGUACCCGCGGCCGUUUUAUGGUAUAAGGGGCAGCUUCUUACCAUCGUACAAGUUGCUGUGGACUCGCGGACUGUCGACAAGUCGUUACUCGUCCGAGUGACGUUUGGCAUGUGGGUAUGCAAGAUACUCACCCGCUUGCUGAAGUACGCCAAGAGCCAUAUCACCCUACCCCUGAAAGCGCGGCUUAAGCAGCAUUACUCCGUGCACCUCUUUGCUGCCCGCGCGCGACUGGACGUGCCGACCUUCGAGGACCCAUCUGUCCAACGGCAACUGGACUCUGCAUCGCAUGUCAACGGGCAGAGUGUUGCAUGGGGCACGUUCACUAUGCUGUCUGGCCUGGUGACGACCGCCAUCAAAGUUGUCACUCAGACGUCGGUACUCGCGAGAGUGCUGAAAGACCAACAGGAUGGCACGCUCCUAGCUGUCGUGAGUCUCGUGCCUGAGCUCGUUCAAUGGAUGCAAUGGCAGAAAGUGACUCUGCACGGUGGAGAGCAAGGAUUAUGUGAAGCUUCAGGGCCUCAAACGAGUCUGUUCAAACACGCUCUUAAUCGCGUCGGAGACUACGCAGACGACUUCUACGAGACGUACCGAGAAUAUCGGAACAGAGAACAACUUGGCCCUGGAAUAUUCCUCAGGGACUCUCUCAGUGAAUUGCCGCAGAUUGCCUUUGCGCUCCGAGCAGUGCAGCAGCCAGCCUUUAUACCGGUUUCACUCGCGUCCCUGAGUCUCAUACAAGAGAACACGAGCAGCCUGACCUGGGCCAUUGGCCGCUUCUUCGAACAAACCGGAUCCAUUGCCGAUCAGCUUGCAACUGUGCGUAAGCUGUAUGAAUCCUCUCAUAUACCGAACAGGAUCCGGGACGGAGACACGCCAUUCCCGGAAGACACUCAGAAAGUUCACGCAGGAAUCUCAGUUGAGUUCCGGAAUGUCUCGUUUGCCUAUCCUGGUGCCCGGAGCUUCGCACUCAAGGGCGUAUCAUUCAAGCUCGAAAUGGGGCAGCUAUGCGUACUUGUGGGCGCAAACGGCUCUGGCAAGAGCACCAUCCUCAAGCUUAUGAUUCGCUUAUACGACCCAGUCGAGGGGCAAAUUCUCAUCGAUGGGAAAGACAUCCGUUCUCUGAAGCUGGCCGAUCUCCGACAAGCCGCCUCCGUCCUCUUCCAAGACUACACGCACUUCCCUCUUUCCAUCCGCGACAACAUCGCGCUGGGCGACCCCGCACACGCAGACGACGACGAGCGGAUCCGCCUCGCGGCGCAGCUCGGCGGCUCCGAGGAGCUCGUCGACCGCCUGCCCGACGGCUUCGACACGUACCUUGAGCGGCCCGUCACGGACCACUACAGCGGCCUGCCCGAGGGCACGAAAACGCUUUUCGGUCGGCCGGUCGACUACAACUCGGUGCGCAUGGCGGGGAACAUGGCCGCGACGGCAGCGACGAGCCUGAGCGGCGGGCAGAUGCAGAGAUUGGCGCUAUCGCGGACGUUCAUGCGCUCGGUCGUGUCUGAGGACUCGCAAGUUGGACUGUUGCUGUUCGACGAGCCGAGCGCCUCGCUUGACCCCACCGCGGAACACGACCUCUUUGUUCGCCUGCGCGAGCUGCGCGGGAACAAGACCAUGAUCUUCUCGUCCCAUCGGUUUGGCAACCUCACAAGACACGCUGAUCUCAUUCUGUAUAUGGAUGAUUCAAGUAUCGUAGAGUCUGGCACACACGAGCAGCUGCUCAGAAAAGAGGGCGAGUACGCGAGAAUAUGGAAGUUGCAAGCGCAGGCGUUUCUGUGACAGCUUCAGACGAUUAUAUCACACUUUACGACGACUCAUGAUCUGGAUUUUUACGACAUUCUGUGCGUGUCUACACAAUGUACCAAAAUUCUUUUCGAGCAAGCCACAAGGUGCUUGAGAGAAGCUUCUACGGUAGACCCCGGCGUAACAAGAAAAUAUUACUGACCAUAACUGCCUGAGAGAGACUGGGUGGCAGACUCACAG